AAGCAGCAUAUGAAGAGUUCAUCACCGAGAAUGGAGAAACAGUUUUAGAUAUUUUCGAUUCUUCAGCCGCUAGAGCCACCAUGAUUUCUCUAGCUGAUGUCUAUCAUGUUGUGGCAGCCACUGUCCCUCUAUAUGUUGCCAUGAUUUUAGCCUAUGUGUCUGUGAAAUGGUGGAAGCUCUUCACACCAGAUCAAUGUUCUGGCAUAAACAAGUUUGUGGCAAAAUUCUCAAUCCCUCUCUUGUCAUUUCAAGUGAUUUCUGGGAAUAACCCCUACAAAAUGAACCUCAAACUCAUUCUCUCUGACUGCCUACAAAAACUAAUUGCUUUUCUAGCAUUGACAGCAAUCACUAAAUUCAGCUCCCAUGGAGGCUUGAAUUCGAUCAUAACCGGUCUCUCUCUGUCAACUAUGCCUAACACAUUAAUCUUGGGAAUUCCUCUGUUAAAGGCCAUGUAUGGGGAUGAAGCAGCCAUGCUUGUUACUCAGAUAGUUGUGUUACAGAGCUUAAUCUGGUACAAUAUGUUAUUGUUUCUCUUUGAGUUCAGGGCUGCUAAGGCAGCCUCUGUGACACCUUCAUCAGAAUCCACUGCAGAGGAGAUGGAAGUCCCUCAAGAAGCACAAUCCAAAGAGGAAGCAGAGGAUGAAACAAGAAGCAGAACUCCUAAGAAAAUCAAAUCUAUUCUCUUAACAGUUGGGAGGAAGCUCAUAACCAACCCCAACACACAUGCAACAUUGUUGGGUCUAAUUUGGGCAAGCAUACACUACAAGUGGGGGGUGAAACUGCCAGAUAUUGUCACACAAUCAAUUGCAAUACUGUCAAAUGGAGGACUUGGUAUGGCAAUGUUCAGCUUAGGCCUUUUCAUGGCAUCGCGUGGCAGCAUAAUAGCAUGCGGGACACGAACGGGGAUGCUAGCCAUGGGAUUGAAGUUCAUAGCCGGGCCUGCGCUAAUGGCAGUGUCCUCCUUUGCAGUUGGACUAAGAGGCAGAAUUCUAAGAGUGGCAAUUGUGCAGGCAGCUCUUCCUCAAGGAAUCGUUCCAUUCGUUUUCGCGAAAGAAUACAAUGUACAUCCAGACAUUUUGAGCACCGGGGUUAUAUUUGGGAUGCUCAUUGCCUUGCCAAUAGCAUUGGCCUACUACUUCCUACUGGGACUAUAAACUCUGCAGUUUCAGCAUGAAGAUAACAGAUUUGAGGAACCCCCAUGAAAUGGUGGUCAAAUUGUUGAGGGUAGAUUAUGGGAGGAGGAUCGUUUCAUUUAUUUAGAAUUUGUUUGACAUGUAAUAUGGC